GUGACAACUGGCCACUUUUCUUUCAUGAAGGAGACUGGAUCACUGAGACCUUCACAUAAGACCUGAACCCAGCUGUAGACCAGAUUUCCAGAUGAGGAAACUGAAAUUGAGAAAGGUUAAGUGAUUUACCCAGGAUCACACAGUUAAUAUCUUCAAGAGUCAAACCAUGUCUUCCUGAGUCCAAGAUCACCAUUCUAUGUGCUGUGGCACCUAGCUGCUAUUUUAGGGCUACAACAGCUGUGAAGACCGUGGAACAUGCCCUCCAUGUUUAAGAAAAUGGCCACCUCCCUUGUCAAUGAGGUGGGCAAGAAGAAUUUGAAACCUGUCAGCAACCUGAGCUGUUCCCACAGAUUCCGACCUUUCUGCCUACUGAGAAAGAAAUAUAAAAAGAACAAGUUCACUUGCACUGAAUUCUCCCUCAUGGACAUUCUGGAACCACACUUCCCAGUCCCAGAAGUGAAUCAGGAAAAUCAUUUCGAGUUCUGGAAGAAAGUAUAUGGGAGGUUGGGGGGUGCUGUGCUUCUGGAUAUGAAAAAGAAAAUAAAUAUGAAAAUGGGUGUGUCUGCUGGGGCUGAGAAGUCAGAUGGCUCUUUUCUGGAAUUGCAGAUACUUACUGUCUCCUAUCAAACAUGGAGAACUCUACAGAUGGAAAGGAAAAUGGUGACACCAGAACCCUCUUUCAUUGGGGAACUACGGAGCCAAGGAGAAGACCUAUAUGUUGUGAUAGAGGCCAUAGAACUCCUGAAUAAUCCUGUGCUGGGAAGGAACAUCUCUUUGGAGGGUGCUGGAACUAUUUCCAUCCCUGAUAUAGUGAAUGUCAAGGGUCAGAGUCAUGGGUCCAGAGGAAAACAAAAGUUAAUGACUAUCCCUCCACACAGUAUCCUGGCUUACAGAGCUGCAAAGCUGAGUAUCUCAGAGAACAGUUGGGAAAUUCUCUACUUCCUUGAUGAGAAGCAAAAAACUUUCCAAAACAGGAGAGGUAUGAGGCAGGAAUUGCAUGUUCAGCCUGGCCAAUGUGUGGAGAACCAAGAGGAAUCUGGAAUUGCUAUGUCAUGUGAUUCAGAGGAUGAAUCCACAUUGGAUGAGGAGUUUUUGAGUUUGAGACUAGGAUUUGAAACAUCUGCCAUGUCUAUGGAAAAAAUAAAAGUACAGUAGGGCCUCCAUAUCCACUGGGAAUAUGUUCUAAGACUUACCAUGGAUAUCUGAAACCACAGCUAUAAGCAAACACUGGCUGACCUAAUAAUGAUUUUUUUAUAAAUAGAUAUGUAUGAUAAAGUUCAAUUCAUAAAUUAAACAUACAUAAAUACAUUGUGUUAAAUACAUUAAUAAAAAAACACAUUGUACCUUAUUAUACAGUGGUCCCCCUGUGAUUUUUUUGGGGGGUGGACCUCACACUCCUUAGAUGGAGAAAUGAGGGUUGAAGGCAGUGAGGAAAGGAUUGAUGAAAAUGGCUUUCCUCACUACUCCCUCCCAGAGUCCCUCAGUUACUUGAGGGAGACAAAAUGGGGAUCUCCCCUUGGUGAAGGCUUGCCCCUUGAUGGGUGCGCUGGCCCUCAAGGGCGGUGGUGAUGUCUUCUCUACAAGGAGAGGUAUAUGGGACUUCAAUCUGGAUAUGCACUGCUUUGAGGUGCUCACAAGCUUCCCCAUUGUGUCUUCUUGAAAACUGGCAACAAGAUGGAGUCUGCCAAUGGGCUUACUCUCUAAAUAUAAAUAAAUAAAAUUG